UACAACGUUGCCAUAUUUUUGCUAAUUCCAUCAUUUUUCAACAAUUUUUUAAUGGGAAAUUGUUUAAUUAAUUGUUAUUGAUCAGCAAUCCUUCAUUUCUACUCAACAAAAAAUUCAAUCUACAAAAACAAGAACCAAAUUCUUGAACUCACACUGAAAAAAUGGAAGAAAAUCAAGAAACGCCUUCAAAACCAAAGCAAAUAUUCAUACUCUCCGGCCAAAGCAACAUGUCCGGCCGCGGCGGCGUAAACAGACACCGCCACCAACACCAAAAGCACUGGGACGGAAUAAUCCCUCAAGAAUGCAAAUCACAACCCGACAUCCUCCGAUUAACCGCCAAUCUUGAAUGGGUCACAGCUCAUGAGCCACUCCACGCUGACAUAGACGACAAGAAAGUAUGUGGGGUGGGCCCCGGUAUGUCAUUCGCCAAUGCAGUCAGAGAUCACGGCGGUGGCGGUGGGGUGAUUGGUUUGGUGCCGUGUGCGGUGGGUGGGACGGCGAUUAAAGAAUGGGCGCGAGGGGAGAAGUUGUAUGAGAAUAUGGUGACAAGAGCUAAAGAAAGUGUUAAAGACGGAUGCGGAGGUGGCGGAGGAGGUGGUGGUCGGGGGGAGAUUAAGUGUUUGUUGUGGUAUCAAGGUGAGAGUGACACGUUUAAUGAACAUGAUGCUGAUGUUUAUCAAGAAAAUAUGGAGAAAUUUGUUGCUAAUGUUAGAGAGGAUCUUGAUUUGCCUUCACUUCCAAUUAUUCAGGUAGCAAUUACAUCAGGAGAUGAGAAAUAUUUGGAGAAAGUAAGAGAAGCACAACUAAAGAUGAAUAUUUCAAAUGUGGUAUGCGUUGAUGCUAAGGGAUUACAACUUAAGGAAGAUAAUCUUCACCUAACUACUCACUCUCAGGUUAAGUUAGGCCAAAUGUUGGCGGAAGCAUAUCUUAAGCAUUUUGCAGCAAACCCGUCCCCGACUCCGACGCCAUCGAUGUAGGGUGUUUAUAUUCCGAUCUCGGAGUAUAUAUGCGGGUGAGAACUAUGUAUGGAAAAAUAUUAAUCUUUAAGAAUUGGGCCCCGUUGAUUAUAUGAUUGAGAUAGUAGGCUGUGCACGUUUUCAUCAUGAAGUAGGAUAGGAACUUUCAUCAUGAUUAACAUUUUUCAGCACUACUUGCUUUACUGAAAAGUGAGCACUACUUGCUUUACUGAAAAGUGAGGGAUAUGAACCCCAAGGCGUAGAUGAGUUGGUAAGGCGCUCUUCUAGCUUAAGUGAGGUCGCGGGUUCGAACCGUACUCAUGUAUGCAGCCGUUUAAAACUUGGGGCCAGAGUUUGCCUCCCGCAAGGGACCUACACAGCUCGAGUGGGGAUUAGUCUGAAUGUGGAAGGCUUAAAGGUGCCGUCUCAUAGUUGAGACCCGUUCAGGAAACCUCAUGGACCCUGUACCAAAAAAAAGAAAAGUGAGGGAUAUGAAAAUCUCUUUUUGGGAUUAUUGUCUUCUGUUGUGGAACUUUGAUCUUAUGUUCCGGUGCAUGGUUUUAAGAACUUAACCGGUCAGUUCGACAUAAUUAAAAGUCA